GAGAGACCGAGGCACAGGGAGAACAAAAUAAAGACGUCCCUGUGGUUCAGCUGGACUGCAAAGAUGACUGAGAUGAAAAGUGUACAGUCAGUGGACGUGCAGGAGGGGAAGCUAAUAAAGAAGGGUUCCAUUAAGAAAAAGAUUGAAUCCUUCAGACGGUGGAGUUCAGCAAGCAUAAAGAGGCCACCAAAGCCCAAAGCCAAGACCUUGAGUUUGUCCUCCCCUGAUGGAGACCCUGAAGAACUCUGGUUGCCAGAAGGAGACAAAAGGAAGCUGCGCCCCAUUGUGGCUUCCGUCUUUGGACAGGACAGAGACCUACGACCAGAGGAAAUGGAAGAACUGCGUGAAGCCUUCAGAGAGUUUGACAAAGAUAAAGAUGGCUUCAUCAGCUAUAAGGACCUGGGAGAGUGCAUGAGGACUAUGGGAUACAUGCCGACUGAAAUGGAACUUAUUGAGCUCAGCCAGCAGAUCUGUGGUGGCAGAGUGGACUUUGAAGACUUUGUGGAACUGAUGGGCCCCAAAAUGCUUGCUGAGACUGCAGACAUGAUUGGAGUAAAAGAGUUAAGGGAUGCCUUCAGAGAGUUCGACUCGGACGGUGAUGGUCAGAUUAGCCUUGGGGAACUAAGAGAAGCUAUGAAGAAACUGAUGGGAGAACAGCUGAACCACCGUGAGAUUGAUGAGAUCCUGCGAGACGUGGACCUCAACGGAGACGGAGAGGUGGACUUUGAAGAAUUUGUGCGAAUGAUGUCUCGCUGAAUCUCCUUCGAGCCUCAGCUUACUGCACUGAAACCAACGUGAACCAGACUGCACACUGUUAAGUCUUCUCAUAUGUUCAAUAAUCUUGGUCUCUGUACUUUUUCACUUGCCUCUCAGGUAGACCCAUUAGUUUAUUUAUCCAUUGUAAAAAUGUAUUACAGUAUGUGCAUAAUAGCGGGUUGUAGAUCAAUGACUCCAAGGCUUAUUAAAAAAUAAUUAACAGUAAUUUCACAUUAAUGAAGGUUAAAUGUUUUAAAUAAUUUUGUGUAAAUGUCUGACAAUGUGACAACAAGUCACAUUGAAACUUUAUUUAGACAUAUUAAUAUAUUUUUCUGCUUAUUUUUACAAUUUGCCAGAUGCAGUUGUGUACAUUUUCAGAUGAAUAUUUAACUUUAAUCUCAAGGUAAAUGUAACAUUGAA